AUGGAUGACAACCCUAGGAGAGACAAGAACAAUUUUCUAGUCAUGAAGCUAGCUUUCCAAGCCACUUUCCACUACAUUUGGAAAGACCACAACACUUGUCUUCACCCUAGAUUAUUACAACCUUCAGCUUCUAUUAUUUCUGACAUCAACCCAAUUCUUUUUUUUUUGUCAGCAUCGACCCAACUCUUAGAAGAUACACAGAUCGCUUGUGAUGUAUUCAUGCGCUGUAAAAGAAAUAUUCCAUAA